AUUAUGUAAUGCCAUUAGACGGUCUAUAUAAAAUAUAUUAUCUUAAAGUGUUUUGUGCUUAGUCUGGAACAAGGUUUCCACACAGUUUCAAGAAAGCUUCCACUCUAUCUUCUGCUUGAUUAUAUUCAGACGCAACGCCAAGGAAGAAAGUAAAUUUGUUGUCGCGUAGAAGCGGACAUUCUACUUCCUUAGACACGAUCAUAGCAGUUGUCUGUAAUUGCAACUGAUUGUUUUUAUUUUACAUUCGUGCAAAGUUCGGUGCAUUUUAAUUUUAUGAAAGGUGAGAAGUGUAGGCAGUGUUGUUUUAAAUAAAUUAGAAACUUAAGUGAUACAAUUCGGUGCAAAAAACUAUGUCUAUACAGAGACCAAAUUGUAAUUUAUUGAUUUACGGAUUGCAUACGUGUGGUUGAACAGUAAAAGUUUUACAGAUUUAUUCAGAAUAAAUAAUAAAAAUAAUUCGUGCAAAAUAAAGAAUGUUUUUCACAAAUGAAAGAAAAAAUAAAAUUACGUGUUCUUCAUCGUUUAUGUUUAAUUAAGAUUACUGUUUUUUUUGAACAUUGAAACGCUACAAGGACAAUAUCAUAAAAUUGAUCUUAUGCACUACGUAUUCAUAUCAAGAAUUAAAGAUGAACGGAUUUAGCACAGGUGAAGAAGAUUCUAGGGGAGCUACAGAUCAAAUUUGUUGUCUCGUCGAUGAAGGCGAACGAUGCUCUCGCCCAGCUGGCAAUGCUUCUUACAGCAAACGUAUACAAAAGACUGUAACACAGCGACGUCUCAAACUUAAUUUGGAUCAAAUGGCACGUCACACCUAUAUUUGUGAUUAUCACAAACAAGUGAUACAAUGUGCAAGAUCUAAACAACAGCAACAACGUAGACGAAAAGACUCUGAAGAAGAUUCAGGUGAAACUGAUAAUGAUCUUCCAGAAGUGGAUUUAUUCCAAUUACAAGUUGGUACUUUAAGGCGCUAUAAACGACACUAUAAAGUCUCUACUAGACCAGGCCUCAACAAAGCCCAACUGGCUGAUACUCUAAUGAAACAUUUUAAGACUAUUCCUGUAAAUGAAAAAGAUGCCUUAAGUAUUUUCAUUUUUACAGUUAAAACCAAUGCAAAUAAAUUGGAUCAAAAGAAUGGUUUAAGUAAUGAUACAACGUAGCUAAGGAUGAAUAUUCAUGAUCAUUCAUCGCUGUAAUAUUAGUAAGAAGGAAAGCAUACAUGUGUGAGUUCUCACUUGUUAAUAAGUAUUUUAUAAGAGUUGUGUACACUGUGUAUAAAAUUAUCUUUGGAAAAAAUAUUCGUUUUUCUUUUAUUUUUGUUACAUGACCUGUAUAUUUAAUUUUUUUUGAAUAUAAAAUUUGCAAUCUUUGUAUAAAUUAAAUUUUUUUUUAAAUAUUUAAUAGUUAUGUAAAUGUAUUUAUAUCUGUUUUUUAAGUAUUAAUAAAACUAUAUAUUUUGUAAAUAAAAAUAUAUACAUGGUAAUAUACUCAUAAGUUGAUAAUAAUUCGACAUAAAAUUUAUAUAAUUAACAUGCUUUCAUUUCAUGGAGAUCGAAAAAUAUUUAUUUUUUUAAAUUUAUUACAUUCUUUAUAAUAUAUUAAGCAAUUAAAAGCGAUCAAGACACGCACCAAAGUAAUAUGCAGUACCUUACAGUAUUAGUAUUACAAAAUUUCGUAUAAAAUUAUAUAAUAAUAUGUAGUUUUGUCUUCUCUAAAUUUUACAAAUGUUUAAAUUAAGUAUCUUAAUCUAAAAUUAAGAAAUUAUAUUUACAAUUUUUUGUGAAGUUUUUUAUUUUCUUUCAUUUUCAAAUAAAAAAGAUUUAUAUAAUA